AUGGAAUUUCAUUAUUGUCGAAGCAAACGUGCCCUUAUUACUUGCUUGCUUGCUCUUUAGACAUUCAAAUCUUCCGGCUUUGCUUUUUCUGGAAUCUCAUUUCUGACUUCAACGAGGUUGUUUUAAAAACUCUGGGGACCAAUCGAAGACCGCGUUUGGCUGCUGAAACAUCCGAAGACUAAGUGAUCGCUGUCGUUCAAAGAUUCAAAGAAUUGUCCUACGUUUGGUCCCAUGGUUGGGUGUUUCGCCAUGAUGGGUCCAUUUUACUUUUGAAGCUCUGAAAAUCAGUCACUUGAUGAGUGCUUGGAGAAGCUAUUGCUUGCUGGAUUUCAGCUCGUACUUUUGUCAUUGUAGAACUGGAAGAUUUUGACUAUCAUGGGACCUCCCAUACGCAGCUGCAGUGGAAUUAUAAGAAAACCAAAGGAGACAAUGAGGCUUAUAGUAACAACUUUUGUUGGAGUUGUAUUCGGAUUCUUUUUGGGAGUAUCAUUUCCAACGCUGUCAUUAACCAAGAUGAAUCUUCCGACCAGCCUUUUUCCUUCCAUUGAUCUCACAUAUAUCGAGGACAAGUACGCAGGCCUUUCAACCCAAGCAUUGCUGAAUGCUUGGUAUUCUCGGAAGCGUGAUGGAGUCAGCUCCACUCCAUUUCACAAAUAUAAGGAUACAAAGAUUUGGGUUCCGACAAACCCUCGAGGGGCUGAAAGACUACCCCCUGGUAUCAUUGAAUCUGAGUCAGAUUUCUUUCUCCGCCGAUUAUGGGGUCAGCCUAGUGAGGACUUAACCAUCAAGCCAAAGUACCUUGUUACCUUUACUGUUGGUUAUGAUCAGAAAAACAACAUUAAUGCAGCAGUUAAAAAGUUCUCAGAGAACUUCACGAUUCUGUUGUUUCACUAUGAUGGUCGGACUAGUGAAUGGGAUGAAUUUGAAUGGUCAAGGCGAGCUAUCCAUGUCAGUGCUCAGAAGCAAACUAAAUGGUGGUAUGCCAAACGUUUUCUGCAUCCUGACAUUGUUGCUCCCUAUGACUACAUUUUUAUUUGGGAUGAGGAUCUUGGUGUAGAGCAUUUUGAUGCAGAGGAAUAUAUAAAACUGGUGAGGAAGCAUGGUUUGGAGAUUUCGCAGCCUGGUUUAGAACCAAAUAAAGGAUUAACGUGGCAAAUGACAAAGAGGAGAGGUGACAGUGAAGUUCACAAGGAUACAGAGGAGAAACCUGGUUGGUGUAGUGAUCCACAUUUGCCACCAUGUGCAGCGUUUGUUGAGAUCAUGGCACCUGUAUUUUCUCGAGAUGCAUGGCGUUGUGUUUGGCAUAUGAUUCAAAAUGAUCUGGUUCAUGGAUGGGGUCUAGAUUUUGCUCUUAGGAAAUGUGUGGAGCCUGCUCAUGAGAAAAUAGGAGUUGUAGAUGCUCAAUGGAUUGUUCAUCAAAGUGUUCCUUCACUUGGGAACCAGGGACAGGCAGAGAUUGGGAAGCCACCUUGGCAGGGGGUGAGGGAGAGGUGUAGAAAAGAAUGGGCAAUGUUCCAAGAUCGACUGGUUAAAGCGGAAAAAGCCUAUUUUGAGGCAAUGGGAAUUGAUCCCCCUAAUUCAACAGCUCGUUAGUGGAGACAAUAGUAGCUUGUAAAUCUAACAAUUCAUUGUACCUAGAGAUGAAGAAAUUACUUGCAUUCCAUGCACUUUUUAUCAAUUAUAUUUUCAUCUUUUUGGAUACUUCCUCUAAACUGAUUCCUUCGUUAUAUGCUGGUUAAUUAGUUUGGA